AUGGUCUGGACUCCCGUCAAGCUUGAGGGUUCGCGCCACUUGCUGUCUGACAAGCGAGUUCGGGGGAAGCUCAUCGACUGGCAGUCUACCUAUGGCUGGAUCAGACCCUUGGAGGAUGUGAAGCCCCUGGAGCUGCCCCGGAACAGGAUCUACCUGAACCGGUCAGACCUCAGGGAUCCUUCCACGGAGCCCGAUGUGAACAUGGAGAUGGAGUUCGUGCUCUAUCGCGAUCCCAAGGGUGUCGGUGCUGCUGACUGCGAGCUCUUGCCCGAUCCACCCGAGGUGGGCAUGAAUGCAGUCAAGGAGGAGGAUGACUCGCUGCCCACCGGAUGGAAGAGAGUCUGGAGCGAGGAGCACAAAGAGUGGUACUUCUGGAAUCGAUCCACAAAGGAGUCUCGAUGGACCCGGCCUCGAGACGCAGACCAGGAAGAGGAGGAAGAGCUUCCGGAGGGCUGGGAGAAGGUCCUGGAUGUGGAACGAGGCCUCUGGUACUACUGGCACCGGCCGACAAAGACCUCGACUUGGGAUCGGCCUGAGGCGCCCACCCAGGCAACCUCGGAAGAGAAGAAGCCCGACGACUCGGCUGAAGCGCUGCAAGCGCGCGUUCUCGGCGAGGUAGCAGAGUGGAGAGGCGUCUUCGGCUGGAUUGCGGUCUCCGGAAAUGCCAAAUCUUCACACCCACUCCUCUCCAAUGGUGACAGCAAGGUCUUCGUCAACUGGCGCGAUGUGCAAGACGAUCAAAUGCUCAGCGUGGGAGACAGAGUCGACUUCCUCGUUUGCUCGGACGAUGGCGGCCUGCGUGCGCUUGAUGUGCAUGUACAGGAAAGCGCGGAGAGCGCAGGAGCCGCGAUCAACAGCAAGCGCGCCGCCCCGCCGCUGAAUGUGCUCCAGUCCCACUGGGAAGAGGAGGACGAUGCGCUGGGAGCUGAGGAGGAAGAGCAGCCGCAUUCGGAUGCGCCUCUCCUUCCUGGCUGGGAGCAGCAUUGGUCCGAGGAGCACAGCUGUGUCUACUACUGGCACAAAGCCACGAAGCAGUCAUCUUGGGAGAGGCCUGCGCUGCCCGUGCAGGGAGGUGCAGAGCCCGAGGUGGCGCCCAUCACGCCGGGUGCGAACCAGGCGCGCGCGCCCGACACUCCCUCACAUCAAUGCCAGGGCGCGAUGCCGGGACGACCCAAAGGCCCCCCGAUGCGGCCCCAGCUGCCGACCAGAAAGCCACCGUGGAUGCAGUCCGCGGCCCAUACCGCCGGUCAAGCUCAGCCAAACGGGCGCUCCUGGCGCCCUUUCCGGCCGCAGAUCCGACCCGCGGCAAAGCGGCCUCGCUGGUGA